GAGGCCUCGUAAGCGGUUACGCCUCCAGCCCCGGCCCGCCUUCCUCCGGGGCGGUGCUCUCCUGCCGCGGCUCAAGCUGCGGCAACUCGGAGCUGCUGUGCGCUUGUCGCCCCGCACCGGCGGAGCUUCAGAACGCCGAGCCACAGGAUGGCUUACUUGGAGGAGCAAGGAGGUGUCCCCUGUGGUUUCAUCCGCCAGAAUUCCAGCAACUCCAUCUCCUUGGAUUUCGAGCCCGACACGGAAUACCAGUUUGUGGAGCAGUUGGAGGAGCGUUACAAAUGCGCCUUUUGCCAUUCGGUGCUCCACAAUCCCCACCAGACAGGCUGUGGGCACCGCUUCUGUCACCACUGCAUCCUGUCCCUGAGAGAAUUAAAUGCAGUGCCAAUCUGCCCCGUAGAUAAGGAGAUUAUUAAAUCUCAGGAGGUAUUUAAAGACAAUUGCUGUAAGAGAGAAGUCCUCAAUUUAUAUGUUUAUUGCAAAAAUGCUCCUGGAUGUAAUGCCAAGAUUAUUCUGGGACGAUACCAGGACCACCUUCAGCAGUGCUUAUUUCAAGCUGUGCAAUGUGCUAAUGAGAACUGUGGGGAACUAGUCUUGCGGAAGGAUCUGAAAGAGCAUCUGAGUGCAUACUGUCAGUUUCGAGAGGAAAAAUGUCUUUAUUGCAAAAAGGAUGUGGUGGUAAUCAAUCUGCAGAAUCAUGAGGAAAACUUGUGUCCUGAGUACCCGGUGUCUUGCCCCAACAAGUGUGUGCAGAUUAUUCCAAGAAUGGAGGUGAAUGAACACCUUGCAGUGUGUCCUGAAGCCGAACAAGACUGUCCUUUUAAACACUAUGGCUGUCCUGUAAAGGCUAAGCGGGGAAACCUGCAGGAACAUGAGCAUUCAGCCUUGCGGGACCACAUGCUUCUGGUUUUAGAGAAGAAUUUCCAGUUAGAAGAACAGAUUUCUGACUUAUAUAGGAACCUGGAACGCAAAGAAAGUAAAAUCCAACAGCUAGCGGAAACCGUGAAGAAAUUUGAGAAAGAGUUCAAACAGGUUGCACAAUUGUUUGGCAAAAAUGGAAGCUUCCUCUCAAACCUCCAGGUUCUCGCCAGUCACAUUGACAAGUCUGCUUGGCUGGAAGCUCAAGUACAUCAGUUAUUACAAAUGGUUAACCAGCAGCAAAACAAAUUUGAUCUGAGGCCCUUGGUGGAAGCUAUUGAUACAGUGAAACAGAAAAUUACCCUGCUAGAAACCAAUGAUCAAAGAUUAGUUGUUUUAGAAGGAGAGACCAAUAAGCAUGAUGCCCACAUUAAUAUUCAUAAAGCACAGCUGAAUAAAAAUGAAGAGCGAUUUAAACUGCUAGAAGGGGCCUGCUACAAUGGAAAGCUCAUUUGGAAGGUGACAGACUACAAGAUGAAGAAGAAGGAGGCAGUGGAUGGGCACACAGUGUCCAUCUUCAGCCAGCCCUUCUAUACCAGCCGCUGUGGCUACCGGCUCUGUGCCAGAGCAUACUUGAAUGGGGAUGGGUCUGGGAAGGGGACACACCUGUCCCUGUACUUUGUGGUGAUGCGAGGAGAGUUUGACUCACUAUUGCAGUGGCCAUUCAGGCAGAGGGUGACCCUGAUGCUUUUGGACCAGAGUGGCAAAAGAAACCACAUUGUGGAGACCUUCCGGGCAGACCCCAAUAGCAGCAGCUUUAAAAGACCCGAUGGGGAGAUGAACAUUGCAUCUGGCUGUCCCCGUUUUGUGGCUCAUUCCACUUUGGAGAAUGCCAAGAACACCUUCAUUAAAGAUGACACCCUCUUCUUGAAAGUGGCUGUGGAUUUAACUGACCUGGAGGAUCUCUAGUCACUGCUGGGGUGACGAGAGGACAUUGGGAUCCUGAACCAUGGAGGAACGACACGUGAUUAUCACCUGAACCUAAGUUUAGACUUGGUGCACAUUUGUAUUUGGCAUUUUGCCCUUCAUGUUUGAAGUCAGUUUAAACGUCCAAAGUGUUGUCUUUUAAUUAACAGUUUAUUUUGUCCCUGUUUGAAACAGAAAACUUAUGGAGUAUCCUCAUGUUAUUUAUAUUUUUAUAUGUUAUGAAAGAUGGUAAGUUUCUCAAAAGCAAGGUCUGGAGCUUAUCUCUUUUACUGGUGCUUAGCGCAGUGUCUCAGGCACUCUGUAAUACUGAAUAUGCUGAGGGAGCAGAAUUCCCAAUUGAAAUACUUUGAUAUUUUGUUGGUUGGUCUGUUCAUUGUAGACCUGCCCUGAAGCCUGCAAAAGCCAUCUUUUAAAAGGUAGGCUGUUCAGUUAGGCAGUGGAUGAUGAUGUUACAAAAACAAUAUGGCAAGUUUGGGCCAGAUUUUUUUUUUUAGAGAUAUUAACAGUUUCGUAAGAUUCGACCAAAUACUUAAAUUACACAGACACACACACAUAUUCACACACACAUAUCUUUGUGUACAGAUAGUUUGAAGGUAUUUUGGCAAUAAAAAAUUAAUGUGAGGAUGGGCAGAAUUUAGUAUAUGACAGAGAAAGUAUCAUAAAUGAAUAAAGGGAAUUUAAAACAGGGAGAAAAUUGUUACAAUUUCCUAUAGGUGUUACAUGUACUACUCCCAUCCAAAAUUGAUUAUAAAAAUAGUAUCUACUGUUCUUUUUGAGAAAAUUUUUGAAUUUAUAAAUUGGUAUGGAAAUGGACAUUUAUAUAAACUGUUGAUGUUUCUCAUCA